AUGGAGAAAUCUCAAAAUACUGAGAUGAAUUCAAACCCAAAUUCAGAAGUAAAUCCCACCAUUGUUGAUCUUGAUAAUACAAUAGAGGAAAUUCCUUCUAUAGAUCUCAUUAAUGGAACUGGGGAGAGGUGUGUUGUAUGGAAAUUUUCUUUGAUUGGACGUCUAGAUUUGCUUCGUUCAAAAUUUGCAGAUGCUGUUUCAAACUUGAAAUCUCAGUGGAAACUAGUUGGCCAGUGUAAGAUUAUUCCAUUGGGAAAAGGAUUUUUUACAAUUAAACUUGACAAUGAAAGAGAUCAGAACUAUAUCAAAGCAGGGUUAUGGGAAGUUUACAACCAAACUUUAUGGAUUCGAAACUGGAUACCAGAUUUUCGUCCAGAAUUGCAUAGAACUUCUUCAGCAAUGGUGUGGGUUCACAAUCCUGGUCUGAGUUUAGAAUAUUGGGAUGAGCAGACUCUGUUCAAAAUCAGUUCAGCAUUGGGAGAACCAGUAAAGGUAGAUGAAGAUACUUUAAACUUUGAAAAUGGUUUAUAUGCAAGAGUUCUUAUCAAAAUUGAUUUAGCAAAGAAGAUUCCACAUAAACUAUCAAGUGCAAGUCAAGAAAAACAUGAAGCAGCAACAACUAAUUUCAGGACAAAAUCUACAAAGCAGAAAAAGGAUAAAGAAAAGAAUUCAAAUAUUAAUACAUCACCCAGAAUAGAAGCUCAACAAGAACAUGUCAAAUUUGAUAUCUAUUAUACUCCAGUACAAGCAAUCAUUCAGAAUACUCAAAUUCCUCAACCAACAUCUAUUAAUCUAUCUUCUGGUAGAUUUGAAACUCUAAAUACAGUGAUUGAGGAAGAAGUAGAAAGUAAUAUAAAUGAAGGGAGUGGAAUUUUAUCUCCAGCAAGAAUACAACAAAUAGCUGAGGAUAAUGCAGUUGAGAAGAGUGUUAUCAAUUUCAUUAUUGGCAAACAUGGGUCAGUAUCAGAGGAAAGAGUUCCAACAACAACUUGGUCAAAAAUAAUUCAAAAACCUUCAACUUCUGGAACACAUCCAACUCCAGUAAUGACAAAAAUGGAAGCUCCAGCUAAGAACAUGGUAAUUCAUAAUUCACUGUUAAAUAAGAAAGGGAACAUUUGGUUAUUUUGGAAUAAGAAUCUUCCUACACCAACUGUGGUUUCAAUGUCAUCUCAAAUGAUCACAGUCAAUAUUGGAGGUAAUUUAAUAUCUGGAGUACAUGCUCAUGUUGGUGCAAUGCAAAGAAGAAAUUUAUGGUCUGAGAUGGAGGUAAUAAGUGACUUAAAGCUUCCUUGGUUGGCUAUUGGUGAUUUUAAUGCAUUCCUAACAGCAGAAGAAAAAUCUGGAGGAGGAGAUCCUAAUACAAGAAAUAUGCUUGAUUUCAAUAAUUAUCUUGACAAAUGUGAACUUCAGCAAGCUUCAAAAUCUGGUUGUGAGUAUAGCUGGUCUAACUGUCAACAUGGUGCUAAAAGAAUCUUAUGCAAUCUUGACAGGGCAGUAAUAAAAAAUUUGUGGGUUCAAAAGUAUACAGGUUGGAGUUAUAAAGUUGGUUUGAGGAUAGCUUCUGAUCACUCUCCUCUUUUAGGUGGUUGUGUAAGCUUUCCAAAACCAAAAAAUGUCCCACAAAAGUUUCAAAAAAUUUGGAUUGAGCAUCCAAACUUUAUGGAAGUUGUUACUAAGUGUUGGUAUGAAAAGGUAGAAGGGGAUCCAGCUUGUGUGUUCCAGAGUAAGCUAAAAAAGGUGUUAGUAGAAUGA